AUGGAAUCAAGUAAUGAUAAUGUGGACAAUCAGAAAAACAAAGGUACUGAUGAUGCGGAGGGAAAGACAUUUAACUGGACAAAUGAUUUCAUGAUUGUAUUAUUGGAGCUAUGUUUGGCAUUCGUUGCUAAGAAUGGCCGCAAUCAACUCUUCAAAUGGAGAGACAUUGCCAAAGACUUUGAGGCAAGAACUAAUCGGAAAGUUAACAAUUAUAAAAGUUUAAAAAACAAGUAUGAUCAAAUGAAGAGAGAUUGGAGAAUUUGGAAAGGUUUGAAGCAAUCUGAAACUGGCCUAGGUUGGGAUUGCAUAACUGGAAAGCUUGAUUGUUCCAAUGAGUGGUGGGAGAUAAAAAUCAAGAAGAAACCUUAA